AUGUCGAUUGACCUUUCUCCACCAGAAUUGGGCUUCAAGCGACCUUUCAAUCGUGAGGUCUCCGAAACCCUUCGCCUUGGAAAUCCGCACGAUGGUCCUCUUGCUUUCAAGGUCAAAACUACAGCUCCCAAGCAGUAUGUAGCAUCCGGAAGUCGAGAUGGGGUCAUGCUAAAGCCAGCCAGAUACUGCGUGCGACCAAACUCUGGUCUUAUCCACCCUAAUGGCUCGGUCGAUGUUCAAGUGCUCUUACAAGCAAUGAAAGAAGAUCCUCCUCUUGAUGCAAAGUGUCGCGACAAAUUCCUUGUCCAGUCAGUUCUCAUCACAUCGGAAGAUGUCUCGAACAUUCCAGCGAUUUGGCAAGCGAUUGAAAAGACCGCAAAAUCGUCAAUCCAGGAACGUAAAAUCAGAGUCAAUUUUCUGCCUGCUGAAGGCGCUACGUCCACCACCAACGGUGUUCCCGCACCCCAUCGGAACUCGGAAGAGCCACCUGCCUAUUCGUCUCCCUCACCCCAGUUUGGCUCUCCAGCUACGCAUUCAGCCGUCACAUCCACUGAAACGAAGGAUUACGGGAAGAAGUCGGUAGACGAGACGAACAAUUCAUCAUCGACUGCUACGGCCCCAUCCACCGUUAGCUCCGUAGCGGCUGCAGUCUCAAGUGCUGUUCCUAAAUCUCAGGAAGACCUGAAGCAACAGCUGGCAGAUGCAAAAGCACAGAUAUCGAAGUUGACCAGUCAGUUGGGCGACCCUCAAUUGCGGCAGAGGAAAGUCCAGGAAGCGAGCGAGAAAAUGCAGACGGUUGUGCAACAAACUGGUGAGACUGGGGUACCUGUGCAAAUUGUGGCGGGACUUUGCCUUCUCAGCUUCCUUCUGGCCUAUUUCUUCUUUUGA